CCCCAUUGCCAUUGGCGCCCCCAAUCCUGAGCUGCAAAACUCAGGAGCCGUCACCCCAGGGUCCGAAUCCAUGCCCCCACUACCCUCACUCCGCUGCCACUGUCCUGCAUUGCUAUAAAAUCCGCUGCAUCUUGGCUCUGGCCCAUCUAAUCCGCCAAGAAGCCAUGGCUGGAGCCCCCAAAUCCACCGGCAUUGCCCUCUUCCCCCUCCUACUGCUCGCCGCCGCCACCACCUCGGCGCUUCCCCUGCUCAACUCCUCGGUCCCCGACCCCUCCGCCGUCGUCGCCGACUUCCACAGCAAGGUGGCUUCGUCGCGGCGGCGGAUGCAGGAGGCCGGGGCCGCCGCCGGCGGCGGCGGGUGCAUGACGGGCAACCCCAUCGACGACUGCUGGCGGUGCGCGGGCACGGACUGGCGCCAGGACCGUCAGCGCCUGGCGGACUGCGGCCUCGGGUUCGGCCGCAACGCGCUGGGCGGCAAGGGCGGCCCGCUGUACGUGGUGACGGACUCCUCCGACCGCGACCCCGUGAACCCCGUCCCGGGCACGCUCCGCCACGCCGCCAUCCAGGAGGGGCCCCUCUGGAUCGUGUUCGCCGCCGACAUGACCAUCCGCCUGAACGAGGAGCUCCUGGUGAACAGCUACAAGACCAUCGACGGUCGCGGCGCGCGCGUGCACAUCGGCGCCGGCGGCGCGUGCAUCACGCUGCAGUACGUGUCGAACGUGAUCAUCCACAACGUGCACGUCCACGACUGCGUUCCCGCCGGGAACGCCAACGUGCGGUCGUCGCCGACGCACUACGGGUGGCGGACCCGGUCGGACGGCGACGGCAUCUCGCUGUUCGGCGCGCGGGACGUGUGGGUGGACCACUGCGCGCUGUGGCGGUGCGCGGACGGGCUGGUGGACGCCAUCAUGGGCUCCACCGCCAUCACCGUCUCCAACAGCUACUUCGCGCACCACGACGAGGUGAUGCUCCUGGGCGCCAGCGACGCGUACCUGCCGGACUCGGCGAUGCAGGUGACCAUCGCGUUCAACCGCUUCGGCCCGGGGCUCGUGCAGCGGAUGCCGCGCUGCCGGAGGGGCUACUUCCACAUCGUCAACAACGACUACACCUCGUGGGAGAUGUACGCCAUCGGAGGCAGCGCCAGCCCCACCAUCAACAGCCAGGGCAACCGCUACAUCGCCCCCGCCGACCCAAACGCCAAGGAGGUGACGAAGCGGGUGGACACGGCGGAGGGGCAGUGGUCCGGGUGGAACUGGCGGACGGAGGGCGACAUGAUGGUGAACGGCGCCUUCUUCGUGCCCUCCGGCGAGGGCAUGGAGGAGAUCUACGACAAGGCCUCCAGCACCGACCCCAAGUCCUCGGCGCUCGUCGACGCGCUCACGCAGAACGCCGGCGUCCUCGGUGACCCCAGGAACGACGCCGCGGAGACCGGGUACGCGGGCAUCAACUACGCCGGAGUUGGGAACGGGCGCCGCGGCGGCGGCGGCGGCGACGGGUACGGCUACCUCGGGAUGGUCUACGCCAACGGCGCUGGUCGGGGACGCAGAACGCUGUCGACGCUGCCGCUGGCUUCUUCGGUGAUCACCCUCGUCGCGCUCGGAUGCUUGCGCUUGUUGUGACGCGCGCUCGGCUGAGAUGCUUUGUUACGAUUCAAUUGGAAAGGUAGUAGGAAAAGGGGAGGGGAAAAGGAAGCAGUAGUAGGGAGGGGAGGAGGUAGUCAGUAGUCAGGUAGGCAACAGUGAUGUGUCCACAAGACCACAACAUCCACAGCAUUGCACAUGGCUGGGGCAUAUUGCAUGGAAUGUAGUCACUGUAGUUCUUUACAAAAGGGAAUGGGAUGAUUCAUUCUAAACUUCAACUAACUCUAACCUCUCUGGAAUCUCUAUCGCGGACGUUAUGAUUCUGUGAGUGGUUGUGAAAAAGAAACGCAAGUUCAACAAAUGUUGUGCUUACAAAGAA